AUGUGGUUGGACCUUCUCGAGGCAACGCUGGCGGGAGAAAUGGAUUUCGAGUUUGGGCUGCCGGUACUAGGUGAAGCGCGAGACACGGGCGACGUCGAGGAGGAUGCGUUCUCGGACUUCGGCGAUGACAAAGACCAAAUUGCCGUUGGCAACUUGAACGGUGCCUCGGAUGACCUCGAUAUGGUGCAGCCCCAGCCUGUUGAGUCUAUCCCAAUUCCUGCAACAGCAUCGACAGAUGUUGAUGGCGACGUCAAUAUGUUUGGUUUGGCGGAUGCAGCAGACAAGCUACCCAACUCGGAUGAUGACGACAAUGAAGAACUGGCGCAACGUCAAGAGCCAGUCGCUAUUCUUCCCGAGAACCUGUAUGGCGCAGACAAGAGUGGCUUCAUGGCGGCCAGCAACACUCGUACAUGGGUUAUUGGUGUGGCAGGAGCCAAGAUGCAACACUAA